GCCUGUUUUGUCCCUCCCCGGACACCGUGGCUCAUGCAUGGCCAGCAGGGAUCAUGUUGAAGGUGACAGGUAGCACAAUGCCGGCAGCUCUGAGCGUGGUGCCGAUCGCUGUCUUCGCUGCAGCCGGGGACGAGAAGGAGGAGACCAGCCCCCUUCACCGGGACCAGCUGUCUCUGUACACCGCUCCUCCGCCCAAGUCCCGGUAUGUGGAGCCUGAAGGGGGUCAGGUGGAGGAGACUGUCGCCACCAUGAGGAAGUUUAUAGAGCCAUACACGGACUGGUGUCAAGGAACUUACGGCAACAUUAAACCCAAAGUUCAGAGUGUGACCCGGUUUGGGAAUGACACCUACAACUUCAUGAGCAGCCCGCCCAAGGACUUCUAUCCCAGGGCAGGGGUCAUAGCCCUCACCGGGGUGCUGGGGCUGUUUCUCGGCAGAGGCUCCAGGAUUAAGAAGCUGGUCUACCCGGCGGGCCUGGUGACCCUGAGCGCCUCCAUGUACUACCCGGAGCGCGCUGCAGACCUCGCGAAGUCCACCGGGGAUUCGGUGUACGAGCGCGCCGUGCAGACCUACGCUGCCCUGGAGAAGAUGCUGAAGUCCCAGAGACCAGCUGACAAGGGGAAAGACCCUGACACUAAAGUCUGAGGGUUCACGUGUGAUUCUGCAACCAAUUAAAGCAAUAAGAAACAGCAUUUCCUGGUAUUGUAAAUUGAAGUGCUCCUUAGACAAGUGUGACUUCCUCAUGCCCACUUUUUGCACUAUGCUUCUUCUUCACAUGUAACUCAGGCCGGGCAUGGUCUGUCACAUGAGACUGUAAUCUGACUGAAUAACUUCUGCCUCUGAUCUGAAUGUAUAUUUAUGUAGAGAAUUAAUAAUAAAAACUGCUGUCUUACAUACAA